UCUCGGGUGACACCAUGGCGAGAACCCUGCGCGUGGUGCUCUGCGCGCUGAGCCUUUGUGCCAAUGCCGAAGGCUUCCUGUCGACGUCCUCCUCCUUCGCCGGGAAGCCCUCAGCCGUAGGCCCAGCAGCAGCAGCAGCAGCGGGGUCUAGGGCGCAAAUUGCGGCAGGAAACAAGAGACGGCAGCGAGUAACAGCAGCAGAUGCGGCCAGCGUGGUUGCGAGGGGAGCGUCGUCUUCGGCUACCGUGAGCGCGGGGGGGUUGUGCAUGUCCGAAGGGUCGGCGAAGACGAUCGUUGUGCUGGGAGGUGAUGGGUUCUGCGGCUGGCCGACGUGCUUGCACCUCUCGGAUGCUGGGCACGACGUAAUCAUGGUGGACAACCUGUCGAGGAGGAGGAUCGAUCUUGAGCUAGGCUGCGAGUCGCUGACGCCAAUCCAGAGCCCACAGACCCGAGUCAAGACCUGGAAGGAGGUGACGGGGCGCGAGAUCAAGUACGUGAACAUCGACGUCGCCAAGGAGUACGAGCUGCUGCUCAAGCUCUUCAAGGAGCACAAGCCCGACACGGUGAUCCACUUCGCGGAGCAGAGGGCCGCGCCGUACUCGCAGAAGGGCUCGAGGGAGAAGCGGUACACGGUCGACAACAACACCGGGGGGACGCACAACAUGCUGGUGGCGAUCGUGGAGUCGGGCCUUGACAUCCACGUCUGUCACCUGGGGACCAUGGGGGUGUACGGGUACGGCAACAGCGGGGGCGAGAUCCCGGAGGGGUACAUUGACGUGACCUUGCCGGGCAACCGUCAGCAGAAGAUCUUGCACCCGGCGUACCCGGGAUCGGUUUACCACACCACCAAGUGCUUGGACGCGCUGCUGUUCCAGUUCUACGCCAAGAACGACGGGCUGAGGCUGACCGACCUGCACCAGGGAAUCGUGUGGGGGACCAACACGCCGCAGACCGUGCGGGACGAGCGGCUUGUGAACCGCUUCGAUUACGACAGCGACUACGGCACUGUCCUUAACCGAUUCCUCAUGCAGGCGGCCCUGGACAUCCCAAUGACGGUGUACGGCACGGGAGGCCAGACUCGAGGAUUCAUCCACGUCACCGACACGGCCAAGUGCUUGGAGGCGGCGGUGGUCAACCCCCCGGCAGCGAACGGCCCCGUCGAGAUCUUCAACCAGGUGGCGGAAACCCACCGCGUGCGAGACCUCGCCCAGAUGAUCGCCGACAAGACGGGCACCAAGAUCGACUUCAUCUCCAACCCUCGCAACGAGGCUGCGGAGAACGAGCUGGAGGUUAAGAACGAUAAGUUCGGGAACCUGGGCGUGGACUUCAAGAGUCUGGACGGGACGCUUCUGGAAGAGGUGAGGGACAUCGCGCAGAAGUACCGCGGCAGGGCGGACCUGGAGCUGGUGUACCCCACUUCCUACUGGAAUAAGAACCGGGUCAAGGCGGCCACGGACGGGGAGGUGAACGGGGCGCCGGAACCGACACGGCUCUUCGUGGAUGUCAAGACGGGCGCACAAUAA